AGAGGCUGGGGGUGAGGUGAGGUGAGGUGAGCGGCAGCAGCAGGAGUAGGAAGAAGAGGAACGGGAGGGAGAGAAAGUCAAAGCCUCGUGCCGUGGUGCUCCCCAGAUCCUUCUCACCGCCUUCUUCCUCUUCAUAUCCUUCUCCGCCUACUCCUCCACCUCCACCCUCCCCCUCAUCCAUUCUUAACUGCGCCCGCCACCGCCAUCUUGUACGCCACCGCCUCCUCUCGCCUUACCUCGUGCUCACCAACUGGUUGGCGCUGUCCUCGUUGUUUAUCAGCCGGUCGCUAGCGCAGGGAGCGAGCCAGGCUUGAUCGAUUGAUCCUCGGCGCUGCUAUCUAUCUAUCUGCAAGAAAUUCCUUCUAGUUUGUUGUCAACAUGGAUUGCUGCUUUAUGUUCGGACGGAGAUCUCAACAUGCUGUUGAAGGCGAUGAUGGUGAACAUAGUGUGAAGGUCUUUUCUUACAAUGAGUUGAGAAAGGCAACUCAAGAUUUCAGUGGGGCAAACAAGAUUGGAGAGGGUGGUUUUGGUUCCGUAUUCAGGGGAAUGCUCAAAGACGGCACACUAAUCGCAGUGAAGGUUCUGUCAGCCACUUCAAGGCAAGGUGUCCGAGAGUUCUUAACUGAACUUACAGCAAUUUCAGACAUCAAGCAUGAAAACCUGGUCACGCUUGUCGGAUGCUGUGCUGAAGGGUCCCAUAGGAUCCUCGUUUACAAUUAUCUUGAGAAAAACAGCCUUUCACAGACAUUGCUAGGGUCUGGCUACAGCAGCAUCCAGUUCAACUGGAGGGCUCGUGUCAAAAUUGCCGUGGGCGUUGCCCGUGGACUUGCAUUUCUUCAUGAGGAAAUCCGUCCUCACAUUAUCCACCGCGACAUAAAAGCGAGCAACAUUCUUCUCGACAAGGACCUCACCCCGAAAAUUUCUGAUUUUGGAUUGGCGAGGCUUCUUCCUGCCAAUGCAACUCAUGUUAGCACCCGGGUGGCAGGCACAUUAGGAUACUUGGCUCCUGAAUAUGCUAUCCGAGGUCAAGUGACGAAGAAGUCCGACAUCUAUAGUUAUGGAGUUCUUCUCUUGGAAAUCGUCAGUGGCAGAUGUAACACCAACACAAGAUUGCCUUGUGAAGAUCAAUUCCUCCUUGAGAAGACAUGGGCAUUCUAUGAGCAAGAGCGUCUAGAAGAGAUCAUAGAUGCCGACAUAGACGAAGACCUGGACAUCGAGGAGGCAUGCCGGUUCCUGAAGAUCGGCCUGCUAUGCACACAGGACGCAAUGGCGCGCCGCCCCCACAUGCCCACCGUCGUGAGGAUGCUCACAGGAAGCAAGAGCGUCUCCAUGGAGAAGAUCACCAGGCCAGCCAUGAUCACCGACUUUGCGGAGCUCAAGGUCAGCACCAAACCGCACGGAGCGAACCAGGCGCGGUCCAACACGUCGAGGUCCUUCUCCACCACGGAAAUAUCUGAGCCCUUCUCGUCGUCGGAGAAUCACACGCAGACAUCUGUAUGAAGAGUUGGCCAGGAAAUUAGCGGCGUUCGAUUUGUACAUUGUCGUGGUGAUAGAUAUGCCUGCAAUUUUUGGAGGAUAUAUUGCUUUGUUUUUUUUUCUUUUUUGAUUCCACGAGGAGGGGUUGGGUUAACGGGGCAACCUGUCGUUUGCUUGUUGUGUACGAUGUAAAUAUCUGGAGGUGGAGAUGAUCAACAUAGGUUCUUGCAAGAUAUGAUUCACAUCUCUGAA